AUGGCCUCCGAUGAGAUUGUCUGGCAAAUUAUAAAUCAACAAUUCUGUUCGUUCAAGCUGAAAACACCCAAACAACAAAAUUUCUGCCGCAACGAAUACAACGUCACUGGCCUCUGCAACCGUCAAUCCUGUCCUCUCGCCAACUCACGUUAUGCCACCGUCCGCAGCAAUCCCGAAACCGGUACCAUCUACCUCUACAUGAAAACCAUCGAGCGGCAACACAUGCCCUCGAAGCUAUGGGAGAAGAUCAAGUUGUCUCAGAACUACGGCAAAGCCCUCGAACAGAUCGACGCUCGUCUCAUCUACUGGCCUAAAUUCCUCAUUCAUAAAUGCAAGCAGCGUUUGACUCGCCUGACACAGGUUGCGAUUCGCUCACGCCGCCUUGCACAAGAAGAAGAGAUAUUGGGGGAGAAAGUGGUGCCGAAACUUGCCCCCAAAGUUCGAAGGAGGGAAGCGACCCGGGAGAGGAAAGCGGAAGCGGCAGCGAAGGUAGAGAGGGCGAUUGAGCGAGAAUUGAUCGAGCGAUUGAGGAGUGGGGCAUAUGGAGAGCGACCUCUAAAUGUUGAGGAGGGAGUGUGGAAGAAAGUACUAAAGGGCCUGGAAAGAGGCGGUGAUGGCGAAAGGGACAAAGAUCUUGACCAGGGAAUAGAAGACGAGGAAGAACUCGAAGAAGAGGAGGAAUUAGAGGAAGAGGGUGUGGGACAAGUGGAGUAUGUGAGCGACAUCGAUGAGGAGGAGGAUGUGGAAUUGGAAGAUUUCGAAGACUGGCUGGGUAGUGGGGAAGAAACAGGCAAUGAUGAGGAAGAUGGUGACAGCGAAGAAGAGAGCGGCAGCGAAGACGAGGACGAGAAGGAGAUGAAGAAGCCUGCGACAGGUGCGAAGAGAAAACGUGGAAAGGCCCCCCAAUCUGCUCGCAAGACAAAGCCGCGGAUGGAGAUCGAGUACGAGGAUGAGGCGAAUCUGCCAGUGCGAGAAGCUGUGCUUGCGUGA